UCUAAGCGGCCGAUCUGUGGCGCCGACGGUAGCAACCAUCAGCAACAGAGACCCUUCUUGCUGCGUCUUCUGCCUCGGAGAUCGAAUGUACAUGUUGAUCGCAAAGCCUCUGCAUGCCAUCCACCACCCACCACUUCUUGGUUUCACAGUCGUUUAUUAAGCGGCGGGUUAACAGCUUGCCGCGAAAUUAAGAACUUCUCAGUUAGCCCUCGGCACUGGCAGUCUCUGCGCCCCUCCAUCGUCUGUUUUUCGGCACAGCAACCACAAGGUGGAUCUUCAGGGUUGUGGAUCCAGAACGUGCGCACUCAUCGCCGAGUGACGUUACUCCUCUGUCUGGCAUUUUCCAUCUUCCACAAGUCGCUUCUGAAAAAAAAAACACCAGUGAAAAUUAGACCUCCGCGCCGCCCGAACGCCGGUUGCCACGAAGCCCUGUAAAUUCCAAUCCACUGUAAUCGUCAUCCCCACUCUGCAGCAACAGCUGCUUUUCAUCGGCCUCCUGCCCACCCAUUGAUUGCAAAACACAACACCAACAACCACCGCCAAAGUGUUUGCCUCAGCUUUCCGACGUGCUUCUUCCUCGCGCUUCGUGUCGCUUUUCUCUGUACCCAUCGCUGCCGCCUCCGCCUCCUCCCCUAACCAACGCGUAUCCCCUGCCGCCGCGGGGCUUUCGUCCGUCUCCAGGCACUCCUUGACGCCCAGAACAGACUCGCGGAGGAUGCAUUCGAAGCUCGUCAUCAUUGGCUCUGGGCCCGCAGGCCACACCGCCGCCAUCUAUGCUGCACGAGCUGAUUUGAAUCCUGUCAUGUACGAGGGUUUCCUCGCGCUCGGGAUUGCAGCUGGAGGCCAACUCACUACCACCGAUGAGGUGGAGAACUUCCCUGGUUUCAAGAACAUCCAGGGUGGAAAGCUUAUGGAUCAAAUGCGUGAACAAUCCGAAGCCUGCGGAACCGAGAUCAUUUCACAGACAGUCGCCAAGGUCGACUUGAGCCAGCGCCCGUUCAAGUACUGGUUACACCCUAUGGGAGACGAUGAGGAGAUCGAGGAGGAAGUACAUACCGCCGACGCUCUGAUCAUCGCUACAGGCGCAAAAGCUCGCAGGCUUGACUUGCCUGGAGAGACCAAAUACUGGGGCAAUGGUGUGUCGGCAUGCGCAGUUUGCGACGGAUCUCUCCCAAUUUUCAGAGAUCAACCUCUGGUUGUGAUUGGAGGAGGUGACUCUGCUGUAGAAGAGGCUCUCUAUCUGACAAAGAAGGCGAAGAAGGUUACCGUUUUGGUGCGAAGGGACAAGCUCCGAGCCAGCCGAACUAACGCGCGCCGAUUAACCACCCACCCCAAAAUCGAAAUCAUGUACAACACAGGUGCUACCGAGAUCAAGGGCAACGACGAGAAGUCUGGCCUCAUGACACACCUCGUCAUUAGGAACAACGUCACCAAGGAGGAGCAGACACUCGAGGCUCGAGGGCUCUUCUACGCCGUUGGUCAUGACCCCGCGACUGCCCUGUUUAAGGGUCAGCUUGAUAUGGAUGAGGACGGUUACCUAAUCACUGAACCUGGCCGAGGUCUCACCAGUGUUGAGGGCGUGUUUGCUGCUGGUGAUGUCCAAGACAAGCGGUACAGACAAGCCAUUACCAGUGCCGGAUCUGGUUGCGUGGUUGCCCUCGAAGCUGAGAAGUGGCUCGCCGAGAGCGAUGAGAGCGUCGACAACGAACUCGAGACUGAGAACCAGGCCGAAAAAUCCCAGACCAACGGUGUUGUCCCUGAAUACCGCUCCAACCCGCUCUUGUAA